AUGAAGACAUCUCGAAUCAGCACCUCCCUCUCACAAGAGCUUCGCUUUGACCUCGUCGCCUUCCUCCGCCUCAACUCUGAGGUCUUCGCCUGGUCUUACAAUGACAUGACUGGCAUAUCACCAGACAUCAAAUCUGUCUGGCAGAAGCGUCGUGCUUAUGACCCAGAGAAGUACGAGGUCAUGAAGGCAGAGGUGGAUAAGUUUAGCAACAUCGAAUUCAUCAAAGAGGUGGACUAUCCCACCUGGCUAGCCAAUGUGGUGAUGGUACGUAAACCAAAGAAAGGCUGGCGUAUGUGUGUAGACUGUACCAACCUCAAUCGGGCUUGUCCAAAGGAUAGCUUCUCUUUACCACGAAUUGACCAGCUUGUUGAUGCCACAACUGGCCACGCCCUAGUUAGCUUCAUGGAUGCUUACUCCGGCAUCUUUGCCCCAAUGAUUGACAACACCAUGGAGGUUUAUGCCGAUGAUAUGCUAGUCAAAAAUCGCACUGCUGACCAGCACAUCUCCAACCUAUCUGCCAUGUUCACUAUCCUGAAGCAGUAUGAAAUGAGGCUCAACCUCACGAAGUAUGCCUUCAGCAUAGCUUCGGGGAAAUUCCUUGACUUCAUGAUCAGCCAGCGGGGUAUUGAAGCUAACCCAGAAAAGAUUCAGGCCAUUUUAGACAUGAAGAUACCCAAGCCGGUCAAGGACAUCCAGAGCCUUACCGAACGCGUAGUAGCCCUAACCAGGUUUAUCUCCAAGGCUACUGAUUGCUGUGCCCCCUUCUUCAAGACACUUAAGGGCAACAAGCGAAACAUCACCUGGAUUGCAGAAUGUGACAAGGCCUUUAACAAACUCAAGGAGUAUAUGAGCCGAGCCCCUUUAUUGUCAACUCCUAAGCCUGGGGACAUCCUCACGAUGUACCUUUCCGUCUUGGCUACCGCAGUUAGCUCAGUGCUCAUCCGCCCCCACGAAGAUGCUGAACAUUCGGUGCACUAUGUUAGCAAGGGAUUGCAAGAUGUCGAGGUUCGAUACCCAAACAUCGAGAAGCUGGCCUUUGCUCUAGAAGUGUCAGCAAGGCGCCUCAGACCAUACUUCCAAGCUUACACCAUCCAUGUCCUAACCAACCAACCACUAAGGUAG